AUGAAUUUUCCUAAUUUGAGUAAGAAAAUAAAUUCCACGGUUAGUAGUAAUAAACCGUAUUCAUCGUCAGAUGAAAAGGGAGGUGAACAUAUCACUGGAAAUUUUGAUCCUACAGCAUUAGAAAGAGGUGCUAAAGCAUUAAAAGAAUUAGAUCAGUCAUCAAAUUCUAGCAAAGCUUUUGAAGUUAUAAAGUUACAAGAAUUAACGAAACAGAAAGAAUAUGAAAAACAAAUGGAAGAAUUAUCCUUACAACGUGCUCAGCAUAUGAGCAAUCGUAUGAGAAUGGAAAAUGAAGAAAAAAGGAAAACGAUAAAUUACCAGCAGGAACAAGAACGUAUUACUGCUGAAUAUAAAACAAAAUUAGAAGCUGAAUCAUACCAAAAGAAACUUCUUGAUCAACAGAAACAAAACGAAGAAUGGUUACGUAAUCAACAUGAACAAUAUUUAAGACAAGAAAAUAUUAGAAAAAGAAAUGAACUAGAAUUAAUGAAUAUUAAAAUGAAACAAAUUAAAGAAGAGAAACGUUUAGAAAGAGAAAAUAUGAAAGCUAGGAUUUUUGAAGAAAAUAAAGGCUUAAUAGAAAGAGAAAGAAAAAAUUUAGAUAUACAUUUAACAACAUUAAGAACUAAAGCUGAUGAAGAUAGAAAAACAAAAAUAGAAAGUAUUAAUAAAUAUUUUGAACAAUUUAAUAAUUCUUUAUUCCUAUUUUUAAAUGAUAAACAAAAACUAUAUAGAUUUGCAUUAACCAUUACAUUAACAUCUAUAGGUAUAUAUACUACGAAACAUACUACAAAAUUUAUUAGAACAUAUGCAGAAACAAAAUUAGGAAAACCAAAAUUAAUUCGAGAAACUUCUCUAUGGCAUAUUAAUAAAUUCUUUGAUAUUUUUAAUUUUAAAAAAAAUUUUGCUCUUAUCAAAAAUUUUAUCUAUCCUUUUAAAAAUAAAAAUAAUUUAUAUAACAAUUAUAAAAUUUUUGAUCAAAUUGUCUUAAAUGAAGAACUACAAGAAAAGUUACAAUGGUCUAUAAAUAGUUUAAAAAAUUCUAAUAAAUAUAAUUUGUAUUUAAAAAAUAUUCUUUUACACGGACCACCAGGUACCGGAAAAACAUUAUUUGCCAAAACUCUUUCAUAUCAUAGUAAUUUCGAUUAUAUAAUUAUUAACGGAGGUGAUGUUAGUGCAUUAGGUAUUCAUGCUUCCGUAGAAUUAAAUAAAAUAUUUGAUUUUCUGAAAAGAAGAAAAAAUAAAAAAUGUAUUAUUUUUAUUGAUGAAGCAGAAGCCUUUUUACGAAAAGGAAGAAAUGAAUCAUCUAUUCAUUUUUCAGAAAGCUUAAGAAAUGCUUUAGCAACAUUUCUUUAUCAUACAGGUUCUGAAUCUAAAAAAUAUUCCAUAAUACUGGCUACCAAUUGUAAAGAUAUAUUAGAUCAAGCUGUUAUCGAUCGUAUAGAUGAACAGUAUAAUUUCCACAAUCCCAAUAUUAAAGAGAUACAAAAAAUGCUUACUAUGUAUUUUAAUAAAUAUGUAUACCCUUUAAAAAAAUAUAAUAUUACUAUUGAUUCGUCUAUUGAUAAUGAAUAUAUACAUAAUCUUUCGAAUAAACUAUGUGGAUUAUCAGGAAGACAAAUCUCUAAACUAUGUCUUAAUAUACAAAGUUGUGUUUUUGGUAGUGACACCAAAGUUGUUACAAAGGAAUUAAUCAAUUUAAUAACUGCAUGGCAUUUAAGUAAUUCACUUGAACAAACAAAUAAUCAAAACGUAAACAAAAAAAAGCAACACUCAUCAAAUUAUACAUCUUCCGAUGAUAAUUCAAAUUUUAAACUCAAAGAUAAUCCGAAUGUUCAUAAAAAAAAAAACGAACAACACCAUAACAUUACUAAUAUUGAGCAAGAACAUAACAAAAAGGAAAAUGACGAAAAUUCAAAAAAUAUUAACUUGAAUAAUACUCCAAACCAUGAUGCUAUAAAGAAAAAGGUAUUAAUAAAUGAACAAUUGUGA